AAAAGAAAAAGGCCAUGGAGAUUGUCACUUCUGCUGGUGGGAAGGUAGCUGAGAAGGUAGCUGACAAUGUGUUUGCAGCUGCUGGUGAUCAACUUGGUUAUUUGUUUCACUACAAUGACAACAUCGAAAGAUUGAAAAAGCAAGCUGAGAAGCUGAGGGAUAGCAGAGACAUGGUGCUAAAGAAAAUCGAAUAUGCUGAAAGAAAUGGAGAGAUCAUCUUUGAUGUUGUUCAAAAGUGGUUAGCUGAAGUUGAUGAUAUUUCUGCAAAAGCUGAAAAGUUUCUGGAAGAUGAAGGCAAAGCCAACAAGAGAUGCCUCAAAGGGUGGUGCAUUAAUCUCAGACAACAUUGUCGAUUCAGUAAGGAGGCAAAAAAUCAUACUCUGGCGAUUUCUGGUCAGCUUCAAGAACUGGGAAAUCUUGUAAGUGUGUCUUGUCCUGCUCCUCCAUCUGGAAUUAUAUCUUCAUCUGAGGCAUUUAAUUCUAGCAUAUUCGAAUCUAGAAAUUCAUUUAAGAAGGAAGUUAUGGAGGCCUUAAUUGAAGAUAGCAAUGUCAACAAAAUUGGAAUAUGUGGGAUGGGGGGCAUUGGUAAAACCACACUAGUUAAAGAAAUUGGCCACCAUGUAAAAGAAGCCAGGGAGUAUGAUGUUGUAGCGAUGGCGGUUGUCUCUCAAACCCCCGAUAUCAUGAAGAUUCAAGGGGAGAUUGCUGACAUGUUGGGUUUGAAAUCUCUUCCGACUCAUUCUGAAUUAGAAAGAGCAAGUUCAUUGUGGCAAAAAAUCAAGAGAGAGAAGCGGGUCCUCAUAAUAUUAGACGAUGUUUGGGAGAUUAUUAAAUUGAGUGAGAUCGGUAUACCUUUUGGGAAUGACCAUAGAGGCUGUAAAAUUUUAAUCACCUCCCGAAGUAGAGAUGUGUGUAAUGGAAUGGACUGCCAAAAGAUUUAUACUAUUGCAACUUUAUCAAAACAAGAGUCUUGGGAGCUUUUUAGCAAGAUUGCGGGCCCGAUUGUUGAAAAUUCUGAUAUUAACCUAAUUGCAAGAGAGGUAACUACUAAAUGUGGGGGAUUGCCACUUGCAAUUGUGACAAUAGCAGGAGCUUUAAAAGGUAAGAACAAGCAUGUGUGGAGCAACGUAGCACAACAACUUAGAACGUCUACCCCUUCAAGCAUCCCAGAAUUGGAGAGAAACGUUUUUUUAUCUCUGGAACUAAGCUUCAAGUACCUAGAAAAUGAGACAAAAUCACUUUUUCUGUUUUGUAGUUUAUUUCCAGAGGAUUACAAAAUUCAUGUUGAAAAUUUGGUCAGAUAUUGGACAGGUUUGAGGUGGUUUGGACAUACUCAUGAGACAAUUGAAAUUGUCAGAAACAGAGUUCAUACUAUUGUAAGUACCAUAACCUCUUCUUUUCUUUUGAUUGAAGAAGGUGAAAAGUAUGUAAAAAUGCAUGAUGUUAUUCGUGAUUUUGCAAUAGCUAUAGCUCCUAGAUACAACCAUAAAUUCAUGGUAGAUGUUGGAUUGGAUCUAAAAGAGUGGCCAUAUGGGGAUACAUUUGAAGAUUUCACAUGUAUCUCAUUGAUGACAAAUUAUAUUCAAGAGAUACCUAAUGGGUUGGAAUACCCAAAUUUGCAGGCUUUGUUGUUACAGGAAAAUAAAAGUUUGGUUGUCCCUAGUAGUUUCUUUGAGAAAAUGAUGAAUCUCAAAGUUUUAAGCUUGGGACGAACAUACAUCAAGACAUUGCCUGAUUCACUUUCAUUUCUCACAAAUCUUCGAACAUUAGAUGUUCGGUAUUCCAUGUUGGUUGAUCUAUCAGUAAUUGGUAGGCUAAGUAAACUUGAGAUUUUUUCCCUUUCUAAUUCUAAACUUGUUAAAGAGAUCCCUUCAUCCUUUAGUCAAUUAACUAAUCUUAGGUUGUUAGAUUUGAAUAAUAUAGAUAUAGAACUAAUACCUUGUGGUGUUAUAUCUUCUCUUCAAAAGUUAGAGGAGUUAUAUGUUAAUCGUUUUGUUAAAUGGGGAUCUGAAAGUUGUGCCAAUCUUGCUGAGUUAGACGUCUUGUCUCGAUUGACUAGCUUACAUGUUUUUAUUCCAAAUAACCAGGUGUUCUCCCCAACAUUCUUGUCAUUCCAAAAAUUGCCCAACUUUGUCUUAAUAAUAGCUAAUAGCUUAUUAACAAAACAUAAAAAUCUUGUUCAUUGGACUAAAUCUCCCACUGAAAGAUAUCGUUCUGAUAAAUAUUUAGGUAACAUGUUGUACUCAAGAAUUAUGGAGAUCUCAAGUACUAACAUUUCAAUGAUAUAUGACAAGUUUAGAGGUUCAGUUAAAAGAACUGAGAGACUAACUUUAGAAAAUAUUUUUAAUUUAGAUAGCAUUAGUCAUGACCUAACUGAUGAAGGGUUCAAUGAAUUGAAGUAUCUCGAUAUCAAAAGAUGUGAUAAGAUAAGGAAUCUUUUCAAUGCAUUGGAAAGGACAACAAACUCAAGUUUCGACAAUUUAGAGAAAUUGUAUCUCAUUGAGAAUUACAACCUUAUUGCAAUAUGUAAUGGACAACCUGCCACUCAGUCUUUUUGUAAACUAAAACUUUUGAAGGUGGAGAAAUGUAACAGCUUGUUAAAUAUUGCACCGAGUCAUUUGUUAUUGAGGUUUCAAAAUCUUCAAACACUUGAAGUAAAAAUGUGCAGAUCAUUGGUGUAUAUAUUUGAUUGUGAAAAGAUUAAGACUGGAAUGAGAGAAACCAAGUUACUCUCGUCAUUAGAGAAUAUACAUUUGGAAUAUUUGGAAGAGAUGUUACUUAUAUGGAAGGGUGACCAUCAAUCCAUAAGCCUCCAUAACUUGAAGAGAGUAUAUUUGUGGAGUUGCCCCAAGUUAAUAAAACUAUUUUCACCAACUCUACUCCAAAGCCUUAUUUGUUUGGAAGAAAUAGAAUUAAAUUUAUGCUAUAAUUUAAAGGAGAUAUUUGAGAAAGAAGAAGUGGAGAAUGUAGAGUUAGAUCAGACCAUAAUCCCCCCAUGCUUGGGAAACCUGACUUUUAUAAAAAUAAGUGGUUGUUUUAAUUUAGAAAUCCUCUUCACUCCCUCAAUUGUCAAACUCUUGGUGAAGCUCAAAACACUUGUAAUAAAGAGAUGCCUAAGAAUACAAGAAAUAAUCACAAAUGAGAAAGGAGAAAAAGAAGAGCCAUUAGAGAGCAUUGUGUUUCCAAGUUUGUACUGCUUGGAACUUGGUAAGCUUAACAGCCUCACUUGUUUUAGCUCUAGGUCAUAUACUAUUGAAUUCCCAAAAUUAGAAAGAUUACGGAUAUAUAAAUGUAGAAAGAUGAAGACCUUCGGUUUUGGAGAGCAAGUAACACCCAACCUUAAAAAAGUGCGUCUUGGAGGUACUAACCGUUGGAAUGGCAACUUGAAAAGCACAUUGGAAGAGUUCUUCAAUGAACAGGCACAAAAGACUGCUGGAAGGAGAACGAAGAACAAAAGGCUGUUGCUGCAAGGAGACCAAAUUAAAGUAGAUAGUGAAAAUGGUACCAGUCGUGGGAAUGACAACCUCAGUACCACAUUAGAAGAGUUGUUCGAUGAACAGCUUUUGCUUGUUGCUGCAUUGGUUGUCUUAGAGGCAUUGGCGGAUCAUGAAGCUGAGGGAUUGAGAGAGUAG